AUGUCUACUGCUAUGCAGCAACCAUCAAAGUCUUCAUCUCAAGCAGGUGACGUUGAAGUUGAAGAAGUGAACCCAAAACUUUUGAAAGUUCUUAAAAAGUUGCUUCAGCCCAAAUUAAAACUACAUAAUGAUGAUUAUCUCAAUUUGUUACUUAACCACAUAACUAAAUCUGAAGAUUCUCCUGAUGGUUUAACACCACGUGAUCUUAAAACUAUCAAGCAAUUGCUGCCAGUAUGGCUGAAAGGAGCAGUAAUACAAUUUGAAAAAAUUAACGAGCCCCCUAAUCCACAUAUUUUGACAUUUGUUUUAAAUAUAACAACAUACCUCUGUAAAGAAGAACUUAUGUUUGUUACCCUCAACAGCGAUGACAUAUUUGAACGAUUAUUGACGAUUGUCAAAAGAGUCUCAAAACCAAAUGUUACUGUAGCUUUAAUUAAGAUGAUUUGUACUUUUAUUGAUCACAAAUCCGGAUUACAAUGGAUAAUAUCUACAAAUCAUUGGAAAUUAUUAAUAGAUAUAAUUUUGAAUAACGAAACAGUAUACGUUGCUAAAGAAGGUAACCUACUCAUAACCAAAUUGCUUGUAAAAUCAAUAGCGGUUAAUACAACUUUUUGCAAGAAUGUAAUCGAAACCAUUUUAACCCCUUUAGAAGAUACGACAGAAAAUAUGCCAGAAAGUGCACCAGAUCAAUGUGAUACUAGAUGCUUGUCUACUACCGUACAGAUUUUGAAUGAAGUAUUAACGAUUUUACUAAAAGAUUGCAAAAAUCCAAAUGAGAAUGCAGUUAUUUUAUUGUUUAUCGAAAAAUAUAAUUUGGAAAAGAGAAUUAGAAAAUUAAUUAGUCUCUUUCAAAAUGUAGAACUCAAAACAGAACUAAUGAAAUUGAUAAUUUUAUUGUCCCUUUAUGUUUUAAGGUCAAAAUUUUCUGGUUUACAAAUUGUACAUGUGGAAAAAACUGAAAUUUACUGGAAUGUGAUUUUAAAUAUUUUUUACCAAGCUGCUACAGAAGUCUCUAUAUUGUGCAUGAUGAAAUUGCUUUAUAUGUCUCAUACCGUGUGGUUUGAUAUAAAAGCUACCAUGCCAACAUGCUUUAACACUGAUCAAAAAGUCGUAUCGUUCGAGGAUCAAAUUCUGGCACUGCAGGUGCUGCCUGCCCUUACCAUUUUUGUUAAACAUUUUGGAAUCAAAGUCUAUAUUGAUGACGACAAGGAUGAUGACAUUCGUUUUCGCUUUUUUAAUAAAUAUGUGGAAAAAAUUAAUCCAAAAAUCAUGAGGUUGAAAUAUAAAUGGAUGGAACAUUUACUUGAUAAUUUCUCAUUCAACGACGGAAUAUUGGCAUUGAAAUAUUUAGUACAUUCCAAACAGUUUUAUAAUAAGGACAACGCCGUAGUAGCAUUUCAAUUGUUAAUUUAUUUAAUUCGGGACUUAACAAUACAUCUAAAAUUAAACUCUCAUGUGCAGCUUCCGUUUUUACAAGAACCAGAAUAUUUGGCGCUUCAUUUGAAAGUAAUGGAAAUCCUGAUUGAAGAAUUUGAUGUCAAAUGGAAGGAUAGCCUUGAAGCUUUUUGCGUUUUGAAUCUAAUGUAUAGUCUUUUAAAUGGUUUCGUUUGGCCAACUAAGAUAGUGGUAAAUGCCCUAAAACUUGCAGGAAAAGGAAUCUCGAAAUAUUUCACUUUCCAAAUGGCACUUUUAGUUGACAUUGACGUGUCUGUGAUGAAUGAUUUUCCACCUGUAUUAAAUGUCAAACUACAUGAUGGCGCAUGGGAAGUCAGAGACAGCACUGUAGAACUUAUUCACGAAUUUGCAAUUGCUGCUAACAAUACUAAAUUUUCAUCUUACAAUCGAUUAAUUUUGGAAAAUAAUUUUCCUCUUUCGAUGGUCAGGAUGGCAACGAGUGACGGAAAUUCAUAUGUUCGAGCCUCAGCCUUAAAAUGUUUACAAGAAAUGAUUAAAGAUGCAACAUUUUGGGAUAGCAUUAUCUCAAACUGCAAUAUAUAUGUAAUCAUCUUAAAAAUAUUACAAAUGGAAACUGAAGGUAUUGUCCGUUCCGAGGCAGCUACCUUAGUUGGCAGCAUUUACGAACACCAAAGCAUACCCCAUGACCUCCUGAUCAAAUUCUACGAUGUCAUGAGCCAUGCGGUUGUCGCCGACUUGCAUUGGGAAGUUAGAGUAAACGCCCUGAAAUAUUGGAGAAGAGUCAUAGACGAUCAUUUAACUCAACAAGGCAUGAUAGAUGGUUCUUUUCCCAAUGUAACUUUCUCCAAACAACUCAAAAAAAUCGUAACAUUAAGCCCAUUCGAAGUUCGAAAAAGAUUGGUAAUAGUCCUUCAGGAGCUGUCUGAAAUCGGUUGUUUGUCGGUGUUUUACGAAGCGAUUCAAGAUGAAUGCGAUUUGGAAGUUUCAAAAUUGGCAACGCAGACGAUUUCCGAUUUCGUUGGUUUACUGAAACAACACGAAUUGUCCAAAGAAUCUUUUCAAAAUCUCGCUCCUACGUGUCCCAUUAUCGAAUUAGGACAAAAAGAUAUUCCCGUUCUUGACGAAAUGGAUUUGGGAUUCGAUAGUCCUAGUCAGGAAGUGCCGUUUUCCGAAGAUAUCAUGGACCAAAUUCUUGAUACGAGGGAUUUAAAUUUAUUGGAGUCCGUUUUUAAUAAACAGGACACUCCAGUGAUGGAGAACAUCGAAUUGAAAAAACAUUCAAUUUUAUGCCCUAUAAAAUUUUUAGAUUUGGUUUAUACUGAUCUCGAAAGGCGUCUCAGUGAAAAAACUAAAAUCGUUCAAGGCGUUGACAAUUUUCAAUCCCUUCUUGAUGAUAUUCUGAAAGAGUAUGAGCCUACCGAUGUAAAUACCAUGGAUUGUUAUUAA